AUGGGGAACUGGGACGCGCGCUCCAGCUGGGCUGUCCCUUUCCCUCCCCCCACCGCGAGCAGAGCGCGGGAAAAAAAUAGCCUGCUGUCCUGCUGUCGCCCCGCCCGGCGGUUCCCGCGCAGGGCGCUCGUCGCCGAGGGGCGGGAACAGACCCAGCGUCGGUCGCGCUUCCAGCGCGAGUGGAAAAUUCCAGGUCCCUCCUUCCCUCGUCACCGGGCAGUGUAUAAAUCCCCUUCUCCCGGCAUCUCCCCCCACCCACCGCGGGAGACCCUGAUCGCCGCCCUCCGGCCUUUCUCGCCGUCUCCCUCUCGCACGCUUCCCACCGGCCUCUUCGCUAGUAGCGCCAGGAUGUCGGAAAAAUGCGCCGAGGCGCCGGCAGAGCUGAGCGCUAAGGAAGUGAAAGAAAAGAAGGCAAAACCUGAGGAUAAAACGGUCCUCAAAGAAAAGAAGAAGGAGAUAGUGGAGGAUGAUGAAAAUGGAGCUGAAGAGGUUGAGGAAGACAGUCCUGAUGAUGUGGAUGAUGAAGGUGGUGAUGAAGAAGAAGGAGAUGAGAAUGGGCAAGAGCAGGAUGGUCAUGCAGAAAAACGAUCUGCAGAGAAGGAAGAGGAUGAAGUGGAUCCAAAGAGACAGAAGACAGAGAAUGGAUCUUCAGCUUGAGUGCCCCCCUACCAUUUCUUCUGUUCCGUCCAUCUCUCCUUCUCCAUU